AUGACUGCUUCUAAUCAUUUCCACUACUCAAUUCUAGAGGAGCUGAAGCUGAAUUCUGUUGUUGGGAAUGUUGCAGAAGAUUUAAGAUUGAACAGCAGCAAUCUCAAAAUGAGAAAAUUAAGGAUAGUUUCUCAUCACAACAGAAAUUAUUUCAAUAUUAGCAUAGAAAAUGGCAAUUUAUAUGUCAGUGACAGUAUAGACAGGGAGCAGAUCUGUGGGUCAGAGCAGAACUGCAUUCUGGAUCUUGAAAUUUUGGCAGAAAAUCCAGUAAAUGUUUUCCCUUUAAAAAUUGAGAUCCAGGAUAUCAAUGAUAACCCACCAAAUUUUUCUAAGGAUAUCUUUACUGUGAGAAUAAGUGAAUCUGCAUUGCCUGGGGCACGAUUUGUUUUGGGGAAUGCACGAGAUCCAGAUUUAGGAUCUAAUUCUCUGCAGAGUUACAAUCUUACUCCCAAUCCAUAUUUUUCAUUGGUAGAAAAGUCACAAAGAGAAUAUCCAGAACUCUCCUUAGUUCAGUCAGUAGAUCGUGAAAUACAGCAAACAUAUGAAUUGACAUUAACUGCCUUUGAUGGAGGAAAACCCUUAAGAUCUGGAACUGCGGUAGUCAGAAUUCUGGUUCAGGAUGCUAAUGACAAUUAUCCUGUGUUUAGUCCAAAUCAUUAUAAGGUGAGUUUAGAUGAAAACAUACCAAUUGGUUAUAUAGCGUUGCAUUUGAAUGCAACUGAUAAAGAUGAAGGAUCCAAUGCAGAAAUCAUUUAUUCAUUUAGUCAUAUUCCUGAAAAUGCACAGCAAGUUUUUACCAUGGAUUCUAAAACUGGGGUCAUCCAGACAAAAGGAGAACUAGACUAUGAAACAACACAGACUUAUGAGAUGACUGUAGAAGCUGCUGAUGGGGGAGGCCUAGUUGCGCAAAGUUCUGUCUUAAUACAAAUUAUGGAUGUUAAUGACAAUGCCCCAGAGAUAACAAUUGCAUCACUAUCAAUACCAAUACCAGAGGAUUCUACACCUGGGACCCUUGUGGCUUUGAUAAAUGUGAAGGAUUUGGAUUCUGGAAAAUAUGGAGAAGUCAACUGCCAAAUAACAGAUAUAAAGGCACUUAAAUUAGUUCCAUCAUCCAAUAAUUAUUACAAGCUUAUAACUGUUGGUCCACUUGACAGAGAAACAACUCCAGCAUAUAACAUCACAAUCAUAGCAGAAGAUGAGGGCUCUCCUCCAAUGUUAACUAAGAAAACAAUUCACAUUACCAUCUCAGAUGUGAAUGACAAUGCACCAGUUUUUGAAAAACCCCUUUAUAUUAACUACAUUGCCGAACAUACCCCAGCAGGUGCAUUAAUGCAUGAUGUCCAUGCAUCUGACCUGGAUGAAAACGAAAAUGCUAUGGUCACUUAUUCUAUCAUUAACAGAAAUAUUGAUGACAUUCCAGUCUCAUCAUAUGUAUCCAUAAACUCAAUGACUGGAGUUCUCUAUGCCCAGAGAUCUUUUGACUUUGAGCAGUUGCGGGAAUUUCAGUUCCAGAUAAUGGCUAAAGACCAUGGAUCUCCACCUCUAAGUAAUAAUGUCACAGUGAAGAUAUGUAUCAUUGAUAAGAAUGAUAAUUCUCCUAAGAUUCUCUUCCCAUCACCAGACACUGAGGGGUCAGCAUUAUUUGAGUUUAUUCCUCACUCUGCUGAGAAAGGUUAUCUAGUUACCAAAGUAAUUGCAGUGGAUGCCGACUCUGGACACAAUGCCUGGCUCUCCUAUCACUUACUACAAGUUCCUGAACCUUCUUUAUUCACCAUUGGCCAGUAUACAGGUGAAAUCAAAAUUGGAAGAGAUCUUCCAGAUACAGAAUCUUUGAGACAAAAACUGGUAGUUCUGGUGAAGGAUAAUGGAAUUCCAUCUCUGUCAUCAACAGUUACUUUGAACUUGGUUAUGGCUGAGAAUUUUCAACAAGUUGUGCCAGAGAUAAUACGCCAACCCAAUAACUCAACCUCUUCUAAUGCAACAUUCUACCUUGUAAUAGCUAUCGCACUUAUCUCACUUUUGUUCAUUAUGACAGUGCUGAUCACAGUCAUUGCUAAAUGCAGACAGACUCAUAGUCCAACAUCAUUUGAAGCUUUUAAUAGAAAUGUAUACCCUCAGUUCACCCUAGGAUACCCUUCUGAGAUCAGUGAUACAAGUUUACCUUUCCCAUUCUCAUAUGAUGUGUGUGUGACCCUGGACUCAAAGCAGAAUGAAAUUGCUUAUCUGAAGCCAGUGCAGAAUGUCCCUACAGAGAACCUUAUAGACACUGAGGAUGUCACUCCUACAAUUGAUUCUGGCAACUCAUCUACAUGCAACAUUGUCCAGGUAUGA